AGAAGAGAAAGAUAUUGUGCAGAAUCAAUGGCAGCAGAGAGAUACUGAGCCAGAAAUCAUUAUAGGAAAGAAGAUACGGAAACUGAAAGAUCUUUCUUCUUCACCUAAUAACAGAAGAAAAGAAGAUUUUCUUCAUAUAUGCCUAUAUAUAUUCUUUUGGACUAUUUAUAGACAAAAGAGUAAUAGCAAUAGAAACCAAGUAACCAACCCUUUUGCUUUAAUGCCUCUGAAUCCUUUGCUCAGUCUCCCAAAAAAAAAAAAGGUUGCAUCUUUUGCGUCCGGUUUUGUUUUAAAAGAAUUGCCAUUUGAUUUUCUUCUUCUUGUCUAAUAAAAUAAAGGGUAUUUAAUAUAAUAUAAUAUUACAUGAAGGAGCUUUGAUUUGUACGCAUAUUAUACACAUUGCUCAACAAAGUUACAGAGAGAGAGAGAGAUAGAAAAAAAAAGUUUUAAGCUUUGAGACAGAGGGAAACCGGCGCCAAUUUUGAAUAUUUGAGAAGUUCAUCACGAGGUUGUGUCAGAUUUCUUUUUCAAAAAAAUCCAAGCUUUAUCCAUAUAUUUUUAAGUUUUGGGGAUGUUUUUGAUUUUGGUUAUUUUUUAGUUUUUCCUCCUCACUUCUUUACUUGCAACCUGUAAAGAUUCUAGAGAUGUUGCAGACACCCCAUGUUUUUUAUUCCAACUUCGAAAAGAGCUCACCUUUUCUUUCUUCUCUCUCUUUCUCUAAAUUUUAUGAUCAUUACUUUGUUCCUUUUUAUUGCUAAAAAAGUAAAAACACCAUUGUGGGUUGGAAAGGGUCUUCCAUCGAGUGCUUUCGAUGUUAUUUCGUUUCUCUCUAUAAAGAUUCACUAGCUACCUACAUGCUUGUUUAUUUCUCUCAUGUGUUUGGCACUUGAAAUUCUGGACAAACUGAGAAAAUUAAAAUAGAACGCUGUCUUCUCUUUGUUUUUUUUUUUUAACAACCUCAGUUUGAUUUGUUUCUGUCUUUAGGAACAAUUUUUGUUGGUACUAUUUGUUGUUGCCUUAGUUUUUGGUAUGGGGAAAGCUGCAAGGUGGCUGAAGGGGUUAUUGGGCAUGAAAAAGGAGAAAGAUAAAGACCGGAUAGAGCAAUAUUCAUCUGUUUUAUCCGAUCAAAAGGAGAGGAAAAGAUUUAGUUUUGGCAAAUCCAGCAAAGGUGUCAGUGAAAUUACUCAGAGUCCAAGCAAUGUUUCCACCACUACAGAUGCUGCUUGGCUUAGAUCCUACAUUGCUGAAACUGAGAAAGACCAAAACAAGCAUGCAAUUGCUGUGGCUGCUGCCACCGCAGCUGCAGCUGAUGCCGCCGUGGCUGCAGCAAAGGCGGCAAUGGCAGUGGUGAAGCUAACCAGUAAUGGACGAACCAGUUUGGUUGGUGGAGGGAGGGAAAGGUGGGCAGCUGUGAAAAUUCAAAGCGUCUUCAGAGGGUAUUUGUCUCGGAAAGCACUUAGAGCAUUGAAAGGACUGGUUCGAUUACAAGCUCUGGUUAGAGGCUAUCUUGUCAGAAAGAGGACUAUUGCAACUCUGCACAGUAUGCAAGCUCUUCUAAGAGCCCAAACAACAGUUCGGUCUCAGCGGAUACGUCGCUCCUUCAACAGGGACCAUUCCUGUUGUCUUGAAAACAAGCCACGCUCUUCCAUUGAAAGAUUUGAUGAACCGAGAAGUGUAAUCCACAGCAAAAGACUGUCUGCAUCGAUGGAAACCAAUGCACAUGAUGACAGCCCAAAGAUUGUUGAAAUUGAUACAUUCAAGACAAGAUCAAGAUCACGUAGGUUCAACCUUAAUGCAUUAUCAGAAUGCGGGGAUGACUUCGCUUCCCAUACAACCUCAUCUCCUCUUCUGUGUCCGGUUCCUGCCCGAACAUCAACACCCCAUCACCAAAAUGUUGAUGAUUUUGAAUGGUGUUUUGCGGAUGACGAAUGUAGGCUCUCCACCGCUCAGAGCACCCCUCGUUUUGCUAAUCCGGUUAGGACGCCUAUUGCUCCUGCUACACCAUUGAGUGUGUGCGGAGAAUGGUAUUUUAGACGACCUCAUUCGAACCUCCCAAACUACAUGGCGAAGACACAAUCAUUCAAGGCCAAGUUAAGAUCUCAUAGUGCCCCAAAGCAAAGACCAGAGCCAGGAGCAAAGAAGAGACUUUCCCUCAAUGGAUUAAUGGCUGCAAGGAACAGCAUCAGUGGAGUUAGAAUGAACACCUCAUGCUAUCAAGUUGAUGAAGGAUUGGAAUUAUAAGAGAAAAAUUCCAAGUUUUCCAUGUAUUGUUAAUUUGUUUGCUAUGGGUAUCAACAAUCUAUUACAACUCAACUCCAGUGUUUCCCACUUUGUUAUAAACAAUACCCAUAGGAUAGAAGAACAGAUUCUUGUGUAAAUCCUUCCAAUGACGGUUUUUUUCCCCCUAUUUAAUUAAGCCGUUGCUGAUUUAAUCAAAUUUCCAAUGUUUAACAGGAGUUCA